ACAGUUCUACCUUGACGUUGAGCAGAUGUUACGUAGUUCUUUCUUAUAAAUUAUUAAUUUUUAUUGUCCAUAUUUAUUGAAUGUAAUCUAAAGUAAUCAGUACGGAGUUAUACCUAUACAAUAAACGGAAUUAUACUAUCACAUAUUGUUAAGAGGCUAUAAUUAAUUGUAGCAAUUAAGUGUCGUGUUUGUGACUGUGUUAAAUAUAUAAUAGCAAUCUACCGCCCAAUUUAUGAUAAUAACAUUUUAACUAUCAAGUACCCGCAUAUUGAGUAUUUUUGAGUAAGAUUUAAUUUAUUAAUAAAGAUUACAGAGAUACCUAGUAGUUUCUAAAGAAGAAGUACUUAGUUAUUUACCGCAAUGAAGUUUACUUGUUGCAAAACUGUAUCGGAGAGCACUACCGGUUAUAUAGUCUGUACAAAGUGCAGGUUAAAUUUUCAUAUCUCUUGCCUGUUUCCAUCAGACAUGAAAAAGGUUAUUUCUGUUGAAUAUAGGAACACAUGGAUCUGUGUGGAAUGUUUAGCAAAGAAGCCCAGAGUCCUAAAAAGUGACAAUACACCUAUAAGAGACUGUUCCAAUUCUCAGCAGUCAGUCGUUAGCCCUGAUAACAUCACUAUUCGUAGAGGCGGCGGAACUAGUGCGGUUGUUCUACAGGGAGAACCCCAACAGUUUUCUAUAGAUCUACUCGAAACUGUGCUCGACGCAAAAAUUGCUAAACUUCAACAACAUAUGGAGACGGUGAUAAAGGAUACAAUUGCGUCGGAAUUAGGUGCCAUUAAAAGUGAAAUAUCCACCUUAAAAGAAACCGUUUCAUUUUUAAGUACAAGGUUCGAUGACGUAAUCAAACGUAUUAGAACAUUGGAGAAUGACUCUAAAAUUAUAACAUCAACAACAGCAAGCCUUGGAGAGUUGAAACAGCGUAUAGACAGUCUGGAGUGUGAGAACAAUAACAGAGAACAGUGGGCACGACGUUCGAACAUUGAGAUUUACGGAAUCCCUGAAAAGAAAACUGAAAAUUUGGUGCAUCUGGUGCAAGAUAUCGCAGAUCGAACUGGUUUUCAAAUGGACGUUUCUAGGGAUAUUGAUUUUGUCACCCGCGUCGCUCCAAGGAUGAAUUCAUCUGGUGAUAAGCGAAUUAAACCAAUCGUUUUAAGAUUUUUGGCGCGUUACAAAAAGGACGACUUUUUGACACAUUUGAAAAAACUUAAAUUGAAAGCGUGCGAUUUUGGUUUCAGUGGAAAUAACAAUAACAUCUAUUUUAAUGAUCACCUUACUAGUGUUAAUAAGGGCGUCUUGCAGCGCGCUAAGGUCUUGGCCAAGGAGAGAAACUUUGCAUUUGUUUGGGUGAAGAAUUGUUCAAUAAUGGUUCGUCGUUCUGAUACGAGUCCUGUCAUACACAUUUCUAAUACUAAGGAUUUAAACAAAAUCAAGUAAGAACUAAUACAAUUUUAUU